CUAUCGGGAGGUACUUAGAGAGACGUAGUGCGGUUCGAAGGGAUUGGAGCCGUGGCGCGGGCCGUUUCUAGCUCGGUGAAUGGGCACGAACUGGAGGGAGCGCGAGGCGGAAAGUGGGGAUCAGUGUAGCGUAUUGCGGACCCAGGGUGCCGCCGGCCGCCAGGGCCAGUCGAUUCCAGAAACCCGUCAGGAUAUCAUCUCCAGACGCCAACGACGACGACGACAGCGACGACGACGACGACGACGAGCCGACCGCCGACGAUUCCAGGGAUGGCCGCCGACGCCGAGACGUGAGACGGAGAGAUGCGACCCGCACGGUCCCCAACGGUGAAACCGAGAGACUCCAGAUCGAGACGAACCGGCCUCAGUCUUCCCGCGGGCACCGGACAAGUUCUCUCCCCGUGAAAACAAGGCCGACGACCCCCCCAGUUCUCUCCUGUUGACUUUGAGAGCCGCUUUCCCGGCGGACACCAGGGAAAAUGGACGAGGCCGCCAGAAUCCUCAACAAGACGCUCGUCCCGCUCCUAUCGAACUAUUUGCCCUUUUUUAUCACCGUCCUCCUCGGGUGGAUCAUCGUCACCAAGUACUACUCGGAUGACAAAAAUCAGAAACAUGAGACGUCGGCCGUACAGAAGGAGCGGAAGAAGGACGUCCAAGGACAACAGCUACACCAGCAGCAAAACCAAGCGCAGAAGGCGAAGAAGAAACAGCCAUCCGCUGACAAGUGGCAGCGCGGCAAAAACACCUUCAGCCACGACUGGCUUAUGACCUCUCUCAAAGGUCACGGAGGAACGAUUUUGGACAUGGAUUUCAGCGCCAACGGCAAGUUCCUCGCGACUUGCGGCGACGAAAAAAAUGAAGAAAAUUAUUCCUUGGCUGCAGAUGACGGAGGUGGAGCGAGUUCGAGCGGAAGUGAAGGUAAUAAGGAGAAUGCCAGCCCAGGAAGCAGGACUCAGCUGAGCCGAAGGCAAAAGAAGAACAAAGUUAGAAACGGUUCACCUCCGACGGGAAAGAAGAAGCAAAAGAAACGCCAUGCGGUGCUUCGCCAGUAUACCAAACUCAACCUGUCAGAUGCGGAAAUAUUCGAUUCUCUCAGGGGGUAUACCCUUAGCCCUGAGGACUUGUUCCUCUUGGGGUAUCCGAUCGAGAACAGGCUCUACCCAGGUAGGGCGUUGAUAUUCAAGAACCCCGUGAAGAGAUUUGAUGUGAACGCGAAGUUGUUCGUCCCAAACGAGGUCUAUGUGGAUCUCCUCGUGCACAACGGAGGGAGCACAUUCGAGAGGAGGACCGAAUCCGGCGUCCACUUGAAAAAUCCCGACUCGGACAAAAGUUCAGAAAAGAAGUGUGUUAGGUGUUCAAAGACGUUUUUUAUUUCUCCUGAAGGAGAAUAUCUGACACAGGAGCACUGCCUCUACCAUUGGGGCAAACUUCAGAGACCUUUAUCCGGAGGAGGAGAAUCUCAUUAUACCUGUUGCAAAGGAAGGAAGAAUACCAAGGGUUGCACCACUGGUAAGCUUCAUGUCUGGAACGGAUUGAACGACGGUUGGAACGGGCCUUAUGACGGCUACGUCAGAACAAGGACUAAGAAGACCCCUCCUCCUGACGGAAACUAUAAAGUGUACGCGCUUGAUUGCGAAAUGUGUUACACGACUUCAGGACUGGAGUUGACAAAAAUCAGCGUGGUCACUCAUGACGGGAGGCUUAUCUACGAUACGCUCGUCAAGCCGGAAAGCAGUAUUAUCGACUACAAUACAAGGUUUUCCGGGGUCACUGCAAAGGACAUGGCCAAGCGGACCAAACUUUUGAAAGACGUGCAGAGUGACUUGAUGGGCUUCAUUUCGGCGGAUACAAUCCUUGUCGGGCACGGCUUAGAAAAUGACCUGCGAGCGUUGAAGAUGAUUCACACGACGGUCAUCGAUACUUCGAUUGUGUUUCCGCACUACUAUGGACUGCCUUAUAAAAGAUCGCUCAAAUCAUUGGUCCACUCGGUUUUGAAAAGAGACAUUCAAUGUGACAAUACAGGACACGAUUCUAUUGAAGAUGCAAGAAGCUGUCUUGAACUCCUUUUGUGGAAGUUAAGAAAAGACAGGGUGAGCAGCAAGAAUUUCGAUAAUGAUCUCAAUCUCCAAUAAACGAAUACCGAUGAACUCUCGGUGUAUUAGUUCCUAAAAAUUAAAAGACUGCUUUUUCAGUUUAAAAAGUAUAAAAUGAAAGAAAAAAUGAUUUAAAAAUUUGUGAAGGAAUAAAGGAAUCGGAGAUAGUGAGGUUUGUGAUAAGUGAUCGAGUCAUUUUUAAUUAAAUAAAAACAAGAAAAAAAAAACUGCGGAAAAACGCUUUAGUCAUAGUUUUUGUACUUUAAAAAUAUAGUCGUGUUCCACCAUUUGAAUUUUAUUUCAUCCAAACUCAUCAUCUAACAAUCAUAUUCAUACAAUAUUUAUUAAAAUUCAUUUUUUAAAUUAUA